AAAAAAUGGCUACUUCAUAUUGGUUCGUGUUUUCCUUGUUAAGUGUCUUGUCUUUAUUUGCUUCUUCUACUUGUAAUUCUAUACCAUAUGUAGGUUCUAAUCAGCUCAAGUUUUGGAAAGAAAAUGUUGUCAAUGAAAUGCCUCAAGCUCUUGUUUCUAAAUUGUCUCCAAUGAACAAGAUUGACUCUGAAUAUUACAUUUCAUUAGUGUCCAAAAAGACAUUCUCUUUUGAUGUCCAAAGUUGCUUGGUUGCUGAUAUAUUUUGUACUUCUGAGUCUAACGCCCUUCUUGCUGGAUUCAAAACAUCCAAAAUCCCUGAUCAAGCUAAAGUCUAUGCUUUCAAACUCCCAAAUCAAGCCAAAGUUUAUCCCUCAAAAAUUCCUGAUCAAGCUAAGGUAUACACAACCAGAAUCCCCGAUCAAGCUAAAGUCAAUGCUUCCAAACUCCCAAAUCAAGCCAAAGUUUAUCCCUCGAAAAUUUCCAAUCAAGCUAAAGUAUACACAACCAAAAUCUCCGAUCUAGCUUCUAAGGUAAUCUACACAACCAGAAUCCCCGAUCAAGCUAAAGUCUAUGCUUCCAAACUCCCAAAUCAAGCCAAAGUUUAUCCCUCGAAAAUUCCUGAUCAAGCUAAGGUAUACACAACCAAAAUCCCCGUUCUAGCUUCUAAGGUAAUAUACACAACCAGAAUCCCCGAUCAAGCUAAAGUCUAUGCUUCCAAACUCCCAAAUCAAGCCAAAGUUUAUCCCUCGAAAAUUCCUAAUCAAGCUAAGGUAUACACAACCAAAAUCCCCAAUCUAGCUUUUAAGGCAAUCUACACAACCAGAAUCCCCGAUCAAGCUAAAGUCUAUGCUUCCAAACUCCCAAAUCAAGCCAAAGUUUAUCCCUCGAAAAUUCCUGAUCAAGCUAAGGUAUACACAACCAAAAUCCCCGUUCUAGCUUCUAAGGUAAUAUACACAACCAGAAUCCCCGAGCAAGCUAAAGUCUAUGCUUCCAAACUCCCAAAUCAAGCCAAAGUUUAUCCCUCGAAAAUUCCUAAUCAAGCUAAGGUAUACACAACCAAAAUCCCCGAUCUAGCUUUUAAGGCAAUCUACACAACCAGAAUCCCCGAUCAAGCUAAAGUCUAUGCUUCCAAACUCCCAAAUCAAACCAAAGUUUAUCCCUCGAAAAUUCCUAAUCAAGCUAAGGUCUACACAACCAAAAUCCCCGAUCUAGCUUCUAAGGUAAUCUACUCGACCAGAAUUCCGGAUCAAGCUAAGGUCUAUACAACUAGAAUCCCUGAUCAAGCCAAAGUUUAUGCAACUAAUUCACACUCUAAUCAUCACCUCGGAGAAGUCUCAUUCUUCAGAGUCUCUAUCCUCAAACCUGGAAACACAAUCCAUCUUGACAACUUAGAGAACCCCUUCCCUCACCGCUCAUUUCUUCCUUCUCAAAUUGCCUCAAAGAUCUCCAUAAACUCAAAUCACCUCCAACAUUUAUUCCCUCAAACUUUCUCUUCACCAUUCACAAAAGAUACCACACAAACUACCAUCCUCAAUUGCAAUGCACCUACUCUAAAAGGAGAAGUUAAAAAAUGUGCAAAAUCUUUAGAAGAAAUGAUAGAGUUCUCAAAGACUAUCUUGAAACAAAACCAGCUAAUUGCAUUGACAACAAAAAGCAAACAGGGGUCAGGAGAGAAACUUAAAAUUGAGAAAUUUCAUAAAAUCAAUUCCCAAAAGAGUGUCUCAUGCCAUGAGAUUUUCCUUCCUUUUGCUACUUAUUUUUGCCAUUUGCUAUCUUCAACUAAUAUUUAUGCUGUGGACUUAGUUGAUUUAAACACUAAUGCCCAUGUUAAUACAGCUUUAGUUGUUUGUCAUAUGGAUACUUCUUCAUGGCCAGCUGAUCAUCCAGCUUUCAAAAUGUUGAAUUUUUCACCUGGAAAAGGAGAGGCUUGUCAUUGGAUGUCACAAGCUGAUCUUGUUUGGGUUAGACAUGAUGUACAUGCAUAAAAUAGAAUGUCUUUAUGCCUUUUAAUUAAGCUUUAAUUUGAUUUUAAUUGUAAAAAUGAUUUGUUUCCGUUUUAGGAAUAGUAAGGUAGGAAUUAUAGAAAAAUAAAUCCCAUCCUUACUUUCCCUUUCUUGUGUGAAGUCAUGUGGUUUUAUUCAGUGUGUAGUGCGAUGGUUACUAUUAGAAAAUGAUAUUCCCUUUGGUCUUUUUGUGUCAA